AUGGAAGCAGAGUUUAUCGCCGGUGCGACGAGUGUUUCUGAAUGUGGAUGGAUCAGACAAUUUCGUCAAGAACCGCUCAGCAUCGAGAUUGUCCCAAGCAUCAUGGUUGAUAACCAAGGCGCGAUACGAAAGAUGAAGAACGAGAUGGUGUCAGCUGCUACAAAGGACAUCGCUCAACGGCCUACUUCAUUAAACAUGAAACUAGCAAAGGACGCGUGA